CCUUCUUUCUGACCGACGCUUCAUAAUCGUCGCCCGGUCCGGUGGCAGCUGAUCUGAACUCUCGACGGCCUCCGGCGAUCUGCAACUCCACUCCAUCAGCCACUGCAACCGCUGCUGACAUCGCCCAGCUGAAUCUGAAAGAGGAGAGAAAAUGGUGGGAAGCUGUUUUGCUUCUGACCAAACCUCCACAAAAGACUAGCACGCGGACUCCCGAAUCUCAGGGGGAGUCAACUGCCGCCAUUGUUGCUCCCUUCCCUCCACACUCUGUCCCCAUCAGAAUGGAUUUCUAACAUUUCAAAUUGCAGGGUUCAUAGUUCUGCUGGCACUGCAAAAUGGAGAAUAUGCAGUAUGCAGAGGAGCUUGUGAGGGAGUUUCUAGUCUUCCGGGGGUUCACUAAGACGCUGCAGGCUUUUGAGGCAGAACUAGGCACUGAUAUCGGUAAAGGGUUUCAAGUGGAUAAGCUGUUGGACUUGAUAUUCUCAGUGUACAUUCCCGGGUUUCAGGCCGAUAAACUAGUCGGCCUCCUUAGUUUCUUCAAGCAAUUGUUUUCUUCCUCUGCUCCCGAUACGGUGCUCGUAGCUACUCUGUCUAAGUUGGAGGUCUCUAUCCUGCGCUGCUACAUUGUCCACGCGAUACGAUCUGGGAGAAGGGAUAAAGCCGUGGAGUUCUUCGGUAUGAAUGGCAAUGAUCUGCUGCAGAAGGGUCAGGACUGGACUCCGUGGUUUGCAAUUCCUUAUAUAAAGAACCCAAACUCAGAUCCUGAAUUUCGAGUUUACUUCUCAAAGGAAUGGUAUGAAGCUUUGCAGCUAUCCAUGAGGAACUUCUUCAAUGAGAUAUUCAAUGGCUCUCGCAUUCCUGCCCUGUUGAAGAUCAGUUCAGAGAAAAAUAAUGUUAGCCGUCUCAAGAAGGAAAUUAAGCAGCUUAAUGUUAAGUUAACUCAACUUCAGGCUCUUUUAGAAGAAAAAGAUACUCAAAUAUCUCGUUCAAGGAGCUAUGCAGCAUCAACUAUGGACUCCAGUAGUAGACAAAGUGAAAGUUCGACUCUGUCAGCCGGGGUGCAUGAAGAGCAUCAUCUUGAAAUGAGCGAAAUGCGAGAAACAGUUACUCCUCUGCAUUCUAUGAACGAUGCUGAGCUGGUUCAAGAAGAAUCAGAGUCGUCUAUAUCCAAGUCUGGUCAUGAGGCUAGCUCGCUAAGUUUUUAUGCAGGAGAUGGUCGUGCUGGUGGUUCCAGUCAAGUGGUUUAUGACAGUCCUUAUGAUGAAAACGGUAGAGAUACAACGGGAGAGGAGGAAUUCCCUGAGGUGAAAGUAGACUUUCAGGAAACAUUUUUGGGCCAUACAAGUCCAAUCACACGGUCCCGUUUUUCUGCUUCUGGGAACAAUAUUGCAAGUGCCUCCGUUGAUGGGACUGUCAGGAUAUGGACCUAUGACUCAUCAACCUCACCAUCAAGAAAUGCAACUAUAUACUGCGGGGCGGAGAUUAUGUCCCUUGACUGGGAAUGUAAAUCUGAUCGCUUGCUUCUUAUAGGAACAGCUAGUGGUGGCAUUAAAGCAUGGAAUGUUGAUGCAAAGAGGGUUGUCUGUGAUCUCAACACCACAGAAGCAUUUCCAAGCGUUAUGGACAUUAAGUGCAGCCCUGUGGAACCAAUAUUUGUUUCUGCAUCAGCAUCAGGAAGGCCAAGUUUGGGUUACAUUGAUAAUUUGGGGUUCGCUUCAUUAACUGUAUGGAAUAUGAAAACAUGGAAAGCCAUGACAGUUCUCCCUCUGGGUGAAGAUCCCCCUGCAAUCACUUCUUUGUGCUUCAACCACAAUGGCAAGAUCUUAGCAGCUUCUGCAACUGAUGGAAUGAUUCACAUGUUUGACAUGUCUGCUGGCCUACAAAUUACUGGGUGGCCAGCGCAUGAUUCCCCUAUAAGUUCUAUUAUUUUUGGAUCUGAUGAAACGAGCAUCUUUAGUUUGGGUUCAGAUGGAAAGGUGUUUGAAUGGAGCUUGCAGAACCAAGGGAAAGUACUCUGGUCAGUCAACCCUAGCAGAUCUCACGAUAAUGAGAAGUCGGGGCAACUGAGAUAUGAAAUGGCUUUAGAUGCUCUUGGGAGGAGAUUACUGAUCACCUCUGAUUCAGUCAGAGCACCCAUAUAUCAGAUACGAAGUCGGGCAAGUGGAGUGAGAACUCUUCCUCAUACUGCAUCUAUAACAACCGUCGACUGGCACCCGACAUUGCCCAUCUUCUUGACCGGAUCUUCUGAUCACUCUGUUCGAGUAACUUCCACGUUAUAAAUCUGCCUGAAGGAUCAUAAGGGCAUUGCAUGAUUCUCGAUCGUGUUUUGUUGGUCGAUUGAUGGGUUCAUGGUUAUUGGUUUUGACCUUGUUCUUCGAUGGAGGCAAAGUUGUCGGUCUUUUAGUGUGUCGUAUUUUAUAAGAUGGUCGGAUAGCUCUACUCUUCACAUUGUUUAUUCAUUGACAUACAUUGAUUUAUCAGAGAUGGUCUAUAUAAAGCAAGCAAUUGGGCUGUUUCUUCGGGA